AAAGAGGGAGCGAAACAUGAGAGGCUGUGUGAGAAGCUGCAGCCGCCGGCAGAGGAGACCUCAGCAUCAUCUAGAGCCCAGCGCUGGCCCUGCCUCCGCCUGCCCCGCCGCCACCGCCGACGUUUCUGUUCCUGCUACUGUCUCACCUAAACAACUCCCGUUACACGGACAAGUGAACUUCUGUGGCCGUCUCCUCUUCUUCCUCCUCCUUUUCCAACUCCUUCUCCUCCCACGUCCCAGCUGCAGCGGAAAGCCCCUAACCCAACUGACACUGGCACAGCCGCAAACGGUGUCAUCUGCACAACUUUAUCUCGCUCCUCCGGUUUCCCUGAGGCAUUGGACCAGUCGCCUCGACUUUUCUUUUUUGCAAAGUUGCAUCGCUCUACGUAUUUUCGCCCCGGCCACUUUCCUCAGCCUCUCCAGUGUCCCGCCGCCCGGUAGCCUCCUCCUGGAGCUGCGCCCUAGUGCCUCUGCUGGGCAGUGGCGUUACCCCCCACCCUCGCGCGCCCAGCCCCUGCCGCUCACGGCAGACGAUGCUGAAGAUGCUCUCCUUUAAGCUGCUACUGCUGGCCGUGGCGCUGGGCUUCUUUGAAGGAGAUGCUAAGUUUGGGGAAAGGAGCGACGGGAGCGGAGCCAGGAGGAGAAGGUGCCUGAAUGGGAACCCCCCGAAGCGCCUGAAAAGGAGAGACAGGCGGAUGAUGUCCCAGCUGGAGCUGCUGAAUGGGGGAGAGAUGCUGUGCGGUGGCUUCUACCCUCGGCUGUCCUGCUGCUUGCGGAGUGACAGCCCGGGGCUGGGGCGCCUGGAGAACAAGAUAUUUUCUGUGACCAACAACACAGAAUGUGGGAAGCUACUGGAGGAAAUCAAAUGUGCACUUUGCUCUCCACAUUCUCAGAGCCUGUUUCACUCACCUGAAAGAGAAGUCUUGGAAAGAGAUCUAGUACUUCCCCUGCUCUGCAAAGACUAUUGCAAAGAAUUCUUUUAUACUUGCCGAGGCCAUAUUCCAGGUUUUCUUCAAACAACGGCGGAUGAGUUUUGCUUUUACUAUGCAAGAAAAGAUGGUGGGUUGUGCUUUCCAGAUUUUCCAAGAAAACAAGUCAGGGGACCAGCAUCUAACUACUUGGACCAGAUGGAAGAAUAUGACAAAGUGGAAGAGAUAAGCAGAAAGCACAAACACAACUGCUUCUGCGUUCAGGAGGUUGUGAGCGGGCUGCGGCAGCCUGUGGGCGCCCUGCACAGUGGGGAUGGCUCCCACCGCCUCUUCAUUCUGGAAAAAGAAGGUUAUGUGAAGAUUCUCACCCCCGAAGGAGAAAUAUUCAAGGAGCCUUAUUUGGACAUUCACAAACUUGUUCAAAGUGGAAUAAAGGGAGGAGAUGAAAGAGGACUGCUAAGCCUUGCAUUCCAUCCCAAUUACAAGAAAAAUGGAAAGCUGUAUGUGUCUUAUACCACCAACCAAGAACGGUGGGCUAUCGGGCCUCAUGACCACAUUCUUAGAGUUGUGGAAUACACAGUGUCCAGGAAAAAUCCCCAUCAAGUUGAUUUGAGAACAGCCAGAGUGUUUCUGGAAGUCGCAGAGCUGCACCGAAAGCAUCUGGGAGGACAACUGCUCUUUGGUCCUGACGGCUUUCUGUAUAUCAUCCUCGGAGACGGGAUGAUCACGCUGGACGACAUGGAAGAAAUGGAUGGGUUGAGUGAUUUCACAGGCUCGGUACUACGGCUGGACGUGGACACAGAUGUGUGCAGCGUGCCUUAUUCCAUACCAAGGAGCAACCCGCACUUCAACAGCACCAACCAGCCCCCAGAAGUGUUUGCCCACGGACUCCACGAUCCAGGCAGAUGCGCUGUGGAUCGACAUCCCAUGGAUAUAAACAUCAAUUUAACAAUACUUUGUUCAGACUCCAAUGGAAAAAACAGAUCGUCAGCCAGAAUCCUACAGAUAAUAAAGGGGAAAGAUUAUGAAAGUGAACCAUCGCUUUUAGAAUUCAAGCCGUUCAGUAAUGGUCCUUUGGUUGGUGGAUUCGUUUACCGAGGCUGCCAGUCUGAAAGACUGUAUGGAAGCUAUGUUUUUGGAGAUCGUAAUGGAAAUUUCUUAACUCUCCAGCAAAGUCCAGUGACCAAGCAAUGGCAAGAGAAACCACUCUGUCUUGGCACCAGUGGCUCCUGUCGAGGCUACUUUUCCGGUCACAUCUUGGGAUUUGGAGAAGAUGAAUUAGGUGAAGUUUACAUUUUAUCAAGCAGUAAAAGUAUGACCCAGACUCACAACGGGAAACUCUACAAGAUUGUAGAUCCAAAAAGACCUGUAAUGCCCACGGAAUGCAGAGCCUCCAUACAACCUGCGCAGACCCUGAACUCAGAGUGCUCCCGGCUUUGUCGCAACGGCUACUGCACCCCCACAGGGACCUGCUGCUGCAGUCCAGGCUGGGAGGGGGACUUUUGCAGAAUCGCAAAAUGUGAGCCAGCGUGUCGUCAUGGAGGUGUCUGUGUUAGACCCAACAAGUGCCUCUGUAAGAAAGGAUAUCUUGGUCCUCAGUGUGAACAAGUGGACAGAAACAUCCGCAGAGUGGCCAGGGCAGGUAUUCUUGAUCAGAUCAUUGACAUGACAUCUUACUUACUGGAUCUAACAAGUUACAUUGUAUAGUUUCUGGGACUGUUUGAAUAUUCUUUUCCAGUGGGCAUUUAUUUUUUAUCCUGUCAUUAAAAAGAAAGACUGUUAUCCUGCUACACACUCCUGUGAUUUCAUUUUCUUUUAUUAAUUUAAAAAUAAUUUGCAGAAAUGUGCAGAUCCUCUGUGUGUAUGUUGCACGUUUGUUCACACAUGCACGCACACACCCACACUCACAACCCCUGUCCACGUGGUUGCAUAACAGAUGGGUUUUUAAAAUAUAUACUUCCUUGUGUGGAGUAAUUGACACAGAAAUUCCAUUGUAAAUUGAUAAUGGAAUUUUUAUGUCACCAUAAGAGAGUAUUUGACUUCCCAGGAAUUUUCUGUCUGUAAUUACUGAAGUCAACUUUAAUGAGGUUUUGAAACAUCACUGUGCAAUCUGAUGGAUCUAAUAAAAAAUGGCAAUAUUUUUAUAUUAAAAGACUAUAAUAUGAGAGAAUGUUUCAAAACUCCCUGAUGAAUUUCUAAAUGAACAACUUGAUAAAAAAUUGUAAUCUUCGUUUUUAUCAAUGUAUCCCCUUGCAGAAUGAUACCUACCCACUUACCUUUUUAUUUGGCAAAGCAAUCUGGUUACUUUGGCUUAAUCUCAAGAUUGUUUUCAAAUGUUUUAUAAUGAAAUCAUAACAGCCUAUUUUUAAAUCAAAACUUCCUAAAAGGUCUGCUCUUAUUGUAUAUUUUAUUUAACAAUAGGCACUGGGUUUGUGUUACAUAUUUAUAUUUUUUAUUUUAUUUUUAUAAUAUAGACAUCACCUAGAUGAAACACCUUUACCCUGUCCUGUAAAAUACUAAAGUUACAUUUUUCACCAACUUAAUUGGAGAGAAGGGGAAUGAGAAAGCAGUCUUUAAUGUGCUGUGGAUCUAAUCUAACAAUGUAUCCUUUGCCAACAUGUAAUCAUUAACGAUGGAUGAAAAAGCAAGAAAACAGCCAAUCCUUAUAAAAUUGCAGCAUUAAACAUUUGUAAAGUGCCUCUCACCAUAGCAGGACUGUCAGAGUAUAUGUGAUUAGAAUGUUACAGAUUCCACACUGAAUCGAACCUCACUGGAAGAGAGCUCACUCGUUUAUAUCAAAUCUGGGCUGUGUAAGCUGUCACUUGUACAAAUUUUUCAUAUAAUAAUUCUUGCCAAAUAUGAAUUUUCAUGUAUAUGCUCCUUUAGAACUCAAUGAAAGUACUCUCUGGCUAAUAUAUCAAUAAAUUUUCUGUAAAUGUUCUGUUCAGGUUUUUAAAAGAAAUGACCUGUUCCAACAAGACUGCAGAAAGCCUGGUACACCGUUUUCUUAAUGGCCUUCCAGGCCACCUCUUCCCAUUUGGAUUCUAAAAAAAUUAUAAGGCCUCUAUGCACUACUGAAAAAACACGUCCACCCGUGAUAAGCACAUACCCCACUGUAGCUGUCCUACUAUAAACAUUCACUCCUCUGGAAUCUAAAUUGUGGAAGUAUAGAUUAUGCAGCUUUGGCUGACUUUCCAAACCUGCUUCUUACCUUUAGGAAUAUGAGCCUCAAUUAAAUUUUUUAAAAACAUUUCAUAGCUAGGACUUCUCUGUUGUUUCUAAGUGAGAUGCUUACAAUUAAAGCACAGUGAACAUUUAUAUAGAAACCACAAUGUAGAAAGAUUGGUUAAGUACACUGCUCUUGUCUUCCAUAUAUGAUUACUUAAGUUUCAAGUGACCUCAUGCCAAAUGGAAAUGGGUUGAGAAAUCUUGGUUCAGUGCUUCGGGAACAAUAGCCUGCAUUAAAAAGUGCAUGCAUAAUUUUGCACAAUUUAGAUUCAAUUGGCAGUCUAUUCAAAGAAGUCUCAGGAUUAAAUGAGCAUGGAGACCAAAUUGCCCUCUUACCCCAGAAAAGGGGUGGUCCCUUCUAGUCUCACUAACACUUCAUUGGCCCAACAGUGUGACAAAUCUUGCAAUGAACCAUGCAGUAGCCUGCAUCUGUAGGUUAAUAGCAAUCUUUUGUCUCCAUUGCUUUCUCUUCAUAGCCCUUUUACUGAAUUCCAUCACAGAAAGUUUUACAAUUAAAAAAAAAUGUCCUGACAACCAUUUUUGUAAAUGGACCUUACCAUCUAAUCAUCCCUUAUUCAACGUGGGUGACAUUAACAAAAUGUGAACUUCUUGUGAGGGAGCCAGCUGUCUAAAUCUGUCAAAUCGUGCAGUUUUAUUACACAUUCUCCCAUUCAUAGUUUGAGUGAAAACAAUAAGGAUACUGCUAUAUAGUCAGUGAAAUCUUAAAAAUCAAACGUAUCUUCUUACAUCAUUAAUCUCUCCAUCUCUUCCCCCAAAGAAAAGGUGUUCUAUUGCCAUUACUUCUCCUAUUUAAAAUAAUCUAUAUUAAAUUAACCAGACCCAGAGUUUUUUAUAGGUCUGUUUCCCAAGUGAAAGAGUUUCAAGUGACUUGGAAAAACAUAUGUACCCCAGGUGUCACUGCCUUUUCUAUUGUGAGAGAAUAAAAGACCAAAUUCCUCUAAAAAGGAGAUAGCAAGAUCCAUGGGUAUUAAACCCAAGCAAAGAAAGUCAAGCCUUUGGAGUCAUUUCUUUCUGCUCUUAGGAGAAAAGUAGCAACCAAAGGUAAUUGAUGGCUACACAUUUUAAAUUAAGUGGCCAAUUCGAGAAACUUUUUUGACCCUCUUUUUGAAGUAGAUUUUUUUAAAUGCAUGACCUCAGUGAUUUAUGAUGAGAGGCAGGUAGGAAUUGGUUAAAAAGGAUGAGUUAGGGAAAAGUAAUUGUUUCAUCACACAAAAGGCAAAAUCUGCUCAGUUCAUAAAGUAUACAGUCUAAAAUAGAAGAAAAAGCUCCUUGAUAUGAAUCCUAAUGUGUAAGGUAAAUGUGAAACAAUGAAGGGGACGAAUGUGUAUUAGGACGCCCUGUCCAUUUCAGAGCUUAAGCGUCGGGUGUCAGUUGAAUGUGGAAUGAUGCUUAUGGUAGUUUCAAAUAUUUUGAAAUAACCUUUCUACCACUGUCUCUGCCAAACUCUUGUCCUCAUUCAUAGAACCUUCUUUUCUUGACACUUACUUAAGAUAAUGAGACGAAAACAGAAUUGGCAGAUCACCAAAGUGAAAAGGAGGAAAAACUUAAGAAACUUAGGUGAUGGCAGAAGUCCUUCCAUUGAUACCUUUUCUUCUUAGAAUUUUAUUGCAGUAGAGCUAUUCUAAAGUAUCUUAUAUUAUUACAAAGAAUACUCAGAAGUUUUCUCAGAUUAGUGGAUCUGUCUCAUAAAGAGAGCAAAGAAACCCAGACAUAUAACAUACACACACAGUCUGGCUAAAAACUAUUCUCUGCAUAUCAUUUAUACUAUACAGAAUAGUCAUUUAUACAGAAUAAUCACUUCUGCACUUAUGUGAAAAUAAUUACAGAAUAAUUUACUAAAAUUUUUAAAUCCAUUUGUUUUCUAUAUUGUUUUGAUCUCUGAAUUAUAACCCUACAAAAAGUAGACUAGGUGUAAGAUUAUUGGUCAGAUGCUACAUUUAGAGUCUUUCAAAGAACACAUUAAUUUAAACCUUUAUUUGACUUAACUUCCUGUUAAGUCUCUUAGCCUUAACACAUAAAAGAGGAGCCAUGUCUAAAUUUUUAAGAGGAAAAAUAAAGCAUGCCAUGGGAAGUUGCAGUGGAGAGAUUAACAAAUGAGUUUCUGAGCAUCUGUCUAGAACGUUACUGAAGAUAUCAGUCUUCUCCUGCCCUCUCCCCUCCCUCUGCCUCCACCUUUCCUUCUCUCUCUCUCUCUCUCUCUCUCUCUCUCUCUCUCUCUCUCUCUCUCUCUCUCUCUCAAUCUCUUCCCUCUUCCCUCUCCUCUAUUUUCUUUCAGUUUGGGCUAAAUAAACCUGUCCUUACUAUAUCCAUUAAUUACAUAUCCUGGGCCAGUAGCUGUGGAUUUGGCUCAUUAUGAUCUUUUCUUUAUUUUCCUGAAAAAUACCCUCUUCUGGUAUCACAUUUGUUCAAAUUCUGUACCAUGAGGAAGAGUAGACAAAUAACAUACUAGAUGGAUCCAUUACAGUCACUUAGAGAAAUCAUGAUGAGCCACGUGGCUGCUGGUCCAGGAGCUCCCAUGCAGCUAGUCUGUCGUAGCCACAGGAAAGACACUGAAACAGCCCCAGUCAAUAGCUGAAGCUAACAGUCAGGAAUAGGAGUAGCUGUUUCCUAUCCAGCAAUAGCCAUCUCUCAGGAGUCUACUUUAAAGAAGAUUAUUCCAAAUCUGUGGGGAAAAAAAUAAGAAGAAGAAAUAGUUCCUCUAUGCAGGCUUCAGAAUCUUCUUUCUCCACCCCUGGAGUUAAAUUUGAACUUUGUAGAGAACUCAGAUCAAAGUACCACGUCCAGAAAAUUGACAGGCCUGUUCCUAGGAACGCAGCUAGAAUACCUUCUGUAGAAAGUUCCUCUGAGACUAUCAGAAAUAAAUGUUUGCUAUCUUACCCUCUUUCUCUUUAUCGCACCUCCAGUAAUUAAUAUGAUAUCAGGAAGGUGGGAAACCUAGAAAAAGAAACAUUUAGAUAUAAAAAACAUGGCCGUGAGAUUUGACAAAUGCAAAUGCCAUCCAACUUCAGACCUUCUUCCUCUUGACUAUUGCCUUUGAAUAGUUUUUGUAAAUUGCCUUCAAGGAACUUUUUAGGAAAGUGAGAGGCGUUUGUGGGAGUGUGAGGGAGUGUGUACACUCAUGCCCUUCUUAGAACAGCAGUGUCCCUAGCUGCAAUGGAGAGAUUUGCUCACUUACAAUUUUCUUAAAUUCUUUAUUAAAUAUGAGCCCAAGACACACCCAUCAUUUACCUUGCUUUCCCAUACCAUUUGUAUAGGUCAGAUACCAGUCAGCUGAAAAAACAAAAUGAAAAAAUAAUGAAUCUCUUGCAUAAACAUAAAACCUUACACCUAAAACCUGUUGUUCUUUUAUUUAGCCAGACAACAGUGCAUUAAAAAUAAAAUGCUACCAAUUCAACAUUAACUCAAAGAUUACCUCCCAUGUACAUCAUAAAGUCAAACAUUAUUUCUCAUGUGGGGUUUUCUUUUUUAUUUUGGACUAUGUAGAUUAUUUAUACUUAAUCCAAAAAUAUAUGUGUAUGUGUACAGGCAAGUUAACAUACAUGUAUGGUGAGUUAUCUCAAUUGACUAGAACCUUUUAAGUAAGCACACAUAUUUUAGCACAUAGUACAUACAGAAUAGGAAAGACUAUUCAUACUGGCUAAAUAUAGCAAGCUUUUUUUCACAGUUAGAAACUAAUUCUUGCACUAAAAAAGAACAAAUCUCGCUGGACUGGGGAUGUAGGCUCAGUAGUAGAGCACUUGCCUAGCAUGUGCAAAACUCUGGGUUCAAUCCCCAACACUGCAAAACCAAAACCAAAAAACUAGUUAGUAGCUUCCAUUCAAAUGAAGGAGGUAUGAUCAGGUUUGGAAUGGUCUAUGCCAAAAUGUAUGUUACAUGCUUCUUCACUUAAUACUCUAAAUCUGAGACAAGACCUUCCUGGAAUAAGUUAAGAUUUCAUGUGCAAUAGGGUUCUUUUCAUAAUACCAUUACCAAGAAGACAAACUGACAAACUUAUAAGAUACCAGAUAUUUCCCACAUCUCAUUAAAGUUAUGAGUUGUGUUUGGACAUGAGUUUCACCAGGAAUCAGAAAGUAAUAAGAUAAAUGAUGCUGAUGUCCAAGGAAUUUAUGGAACUUGAUUCCCUAUGCAUGCCACAGUAGACUAUUUAUUUCAAAGACAUCCAUCUAGUUAGAAUUUUUUAAAUUGAAUAAUUAUAAUUUAAAAGCCUGAAAGAAUAUGAAAGGCAAACCCUGUGUCCUCUCUGACUUAAUUAAUUAAUCUGUGAUUAGUUUUGUCUGGUUUUAAAGAUUGAUUAUUUGUUUCAUUCUUCUAACGUAUUUUGGUUUUCCUAGUUGUUCAUUUUCUUUUAGACGGUUGAAAAUUAGGGCAGUUUGUCCACAGCCUUACUCAUGGAAGAUUCCAGAACCCAUUCAUGUUUGGCACAAGACUGUAGGAACAAUUAGUAAAAUGAGGUCCAGGUUUAAAGGAGCAGAGUUAAUACAUGACCUAGUUGGGAUUUCUACAAAUGUUCUUUAGAAAAGUAACAUGCAAAGUUAUUGGUUCCCAUAAUCCCUCUGAGUUUGAACUGAGCUGAUUUAUUUAAUCAAGUUACAUAAUAUGCAAUUCUCCUUGAUUAAUCUUCUACUAUUCAGCCAUUCAUACAUUUAUUAACUCAAAAAAAUAUUUAUUGAAGUGCCUAGCAUGAUUAAGUGCUAUAGAACAGGCAAGGGCGUUUACAAGGAUGGGGUUGUGAGCCCAAUGGGUAUCAUGAACGUGUUGGAAGCAAAAGACAAUUUCACGUCCAACCAGCUUCAAUUCAGCUCAACAUUAGAAUACAGCAUAACAGUACAGAUGAUCUAAAGAACAUCUGUGUGUAUCUGUAUGUGUGCACACACCCAUGUAUAUAUAUUUAUCUCUGUACAAACACUACAUAUGUAUACACACUAUCUAUGUAAUAUAUAAUAUAUGUAUAAUGCAUAUAAAUUCUAACAAGUGUUAUUUGUGUUAUCUUUAAAAAUAGAUCAAUUGUAUCUUGAAGUGGUAAAUGCAAAGAAUUGGUUUUAUUGUUGAUCUGUGGAUUUAAUGAUUUUUAGGUGAAAAGGAUGUUUAAGUGUAUAAUUUCCUUUCUUAAUUUAAUAUAUUUAUGUAAAUGCAUGCCUGAAAUUGGAUUAGAUUGGCUGUGUUUUGUGUCUUAACGUGAUCAAAUGUAUUAAACUUUAUCUUAUGACUCAA